AUGGCACCAUCAAUCACUUCUAAUGUUUCUCCCUUGAAAAGUGAAAAUGAGGAUAAAAAAAUUAUUGACUUCAAAUCACUUCACGAGGAAGCAAUAGUUCCAAAAGAGUUUAUUUGGCCAUCUGAGGAUUUGGUUGAGGGCAGCAAAGAAGAGUUGAAUGUACCUAUCAUUGAUUUAGAAGCCACAUUUAAUGGUGAUGAUGUUGCUUUAGCAUCUACUGCAGAGAUUGUGAGAGAAGCAUGCAUGAAACAUGGCUUUUUCUUAGUCACAAAUCAUGGAGUUGAUGAAAAUUUGAUAAAUGAUACUUAUCAAGAAUUUGUUUCUCUUUUUAAGCUUCCUUUAAGCAGAAAGCUAAGUGCAAUGGGGAGUCCAUGGGGUUACUCAGGUGCUCAUGCAUCAAGAUUCUCAACAAGCUUGCCAUGGAAAGAAAUAUUUACUUUCCAAUAUAAACACUAUGAUGAAUCUGAAACACAAAUUGUUGAUUUCUUCACUUCAAUUUUAGGUGAUGACCACCAACACGCUGGGUUGGUGUUGCAAAAGUAUUGUGAAGCCAUGAAGAAAUUAUCUGGGGUUAUUUUGGAGCUAUUGGCAAUUAGUUUGGGUGUUGAUCGAGAACAUUACAAGAAGUUUUUCGAAGAUGCAGAAUCAAUGAUGAGGUGCAACUCUUACCCACCUUGCAGUGGUCUCAAUGUUGGCACCCUUGGCACUGGUCCUCACUGUGACCCAACUUCAGUCACCCUUCUAUUCCAAGACCAAGUUGGAGGUCUUGAAGCUUUUGUGGAUAAUAAAUGGCUUGCAAUUCGCCCUCAACCUAAUACUUAUGUCAUUAACAUAGGUGACACUUUCAAGGCGUUGACUAAUGGAAUAUACAAGAGUUGUCUUCAUAGGGUAUUGGCUAACAAAGAGAUGGACAGAAAGACUUUAGCUUUCUUUUUGUGUCCAAAAAAAGACAAAACUGUAAGAGCACCUGAUAAUAUAUUGGGAAGACAAGAGUCAAGGAAUUAUCCUGAUUUCACAUGGUCACAACUUUUUGAGUUUACACAAAAGAAGCAUAGAGCUGACCCUAACACUCUUCCAGAUUUUGUCUCGUGGCUUAAUUCCAACCAAUCAAACAACUAG